AUGAAUCAAUCUAAUUAUCCCAAUUAUUACCAUCCACAAAAUUCUGUUUCCCCUCCUCCUCUGCAACAUCCGAUUCCCACUCAUCCGCCUAUUCAAAUGCAUGAUCCACCAACUGUUUCGCCCUCGCCGCCUGCUCAUGGCAUGCAAUACCAACCUUCUCCAGGAUUUAACCCCCCAUGGGGGUUGAAUGAUGCAACUACACAGAUGGGAAUGCAGUUUGGGAGAACAGCAUUUAUGGCUGGAAUAAACAAUUCAUAUGUCGCAAAUAAAAUAAAGUUGGUUCUGUUUCCGUGGAGGCAUCGUCGGUGGUCGCGUCUUGUAAAAAGAUCGGAAGAAAAUGGACAGAUGGAAGGGUAUAAACCACCAAGGGAUGACAUCAUUUGUCCAGAUCUGUAUAUACCAGCAAUGGGUCUCGUAACAUAUGUCUUACUUACUGGAAUAGUUUCUGGUACCCAGCGCAACAAAUUUCAUCCAGAAAUUUUGGGUGUUAAUGCUACAUCUGCACUUCUCCUAAUGGUGCUGGAACUAGCAUUUAUAAAGAUAGGAUGUUAUCUAAUAAAUAUCACGUCCGAGACUCAAAUACUUGAUCUAUUAGCAUAUUCCGGAUACAAGUUUAUCGGUAUUAUUGUCACAAUGAUUGUUUCUUUGAUAGCACCCUUCUGGGUGGUGGUUGGAACAUUUUUUUAUGCUGCUUUUGCAAACGGGUUUUUCUUGUUACGAUCACUUCGAUAUAUUGUAAUUCCAGAUUCCACUACAACUGUCAAUCCACAACCACAACGCAAGAGAAGGAUUAACUUCCUUUUUCUUGUAGCGUCUUUACAAGUGAUCCUUAUGUAUUUACUUAUCAAAUAA